AUGGAAAAGGAACUGGAACUACGAGUGCCCGGAGCCAGCCCUUAUAUACUGCGGCCGGCAUGGGAGCGUUACAGCAAUACAUUGCCAAUGGCAAUGUUUCCCGCUCGCCGCGUGAAGAAGGUGCCGGCUGGCUGGGAAAGUCGUGCUGGGCAUGACAGGGAGCUUCGUUUAUCGGAUAUGGGACCACUGUCGAUUUUCACCUGUCUUCCGUACGUGCUGUCAUUUUCGUUCUGUUCAGCUAGUCUAGCAGAGACUCGUCUGUUUAGUGAUCUCCUCAAUGGGUACAACCCUCUGGAACGCCCUGUUGCGAACGCUUCUCAGCCUCUGGUAGUAAAGAUUAAAAUGUUCCUGCAGCAAAUUCUGGAUGUUGACGAGAAGAACCAACUGGUUUCCGUGAAUGCUUGGCUCAGCUAUACAUGGCAAGAUUACAAUCUCAUUUGGGACCCUGCAAAAUAUGAAGGAAUCCAAGAUAUUCGAUUUCCUGGCUCAGCUGAUCACAUUUGGAGGCCAGACAUUCUGCUUUACAACAGUGCUGCAGAGGAUUUUGACUCGACUUUUAAAAGUAACCUAUUGGUUUAUUCGACCGGCGAUGUCAAUUGGAUACCGCCCGGUGUCCUGAAAUUCGUCUGCAAAUUGGAUGUGACAUGGUUUCCUUUCGAUGAUCAAAUUUGUUAUUUAAAAUUUGGAUCGUGGACAUUUCACGGAUAUGCGCUUGACCUGCAGAUAGACACAGACAACACAAACUCAAGUCACUCUAUGGAUUUGUCCACGUAUGUGGUGAACGGUGAAUGGAUUGUCGUUAGUUCACCAGCAGUUCGAGAGGUGAAAUUUUAUAAAUGUUGUCCGGAACCUUAUCCGACAGUGAAGUUCUACUUGCACAUUCGUCGUCGUACAUUAUAUUAUGGUUUCAACCUAAUCAUUCCGUCAAUAUUAAUCUGUGUUAUGGCUGUUUUUGGCUUCUCCUUGCCACCAGAUGCUGGAGAGAAAAUCACUCUGCAGAUGACUAUCCUCUUGGCUAUCGUAUUUUUUCUUAGCAUGGUCUCUGAAAUGACACCACCCACCUCGGAUGCUGUACCGCUGAUAGGAGUAUUCUUUUCUUGUUGCAUGUUGGUUAUUUCUGCUUCGGUAGUAUUUACCGUACUCAUCCUGAAUCUACAUUUUAGAUCAUCAGAUACGCACCGGAUCAGUCCACUGACUCGCAGAGUAUUCCUGGAAUGGCUCCCAUGGAUCCUGUGUAUGUCUCGACCUGGAUAUUCAUUUGUCGCAGGAAAAGCUGUCAUAGAAGAUCCUCUUCCGUGUAAACUGAAAAAAGAACAGUUCUACAAGGAUCCAUCCUUAUCUCUGAAUCCAGUCACGGAGGCACAAGUCACGUUGCUGAACGCUAUUUGUGCGGAAGUGAAUGAGAUAUGUGAGUACGUCGAAAAAGAGGAAAUAGAGGAACGAAUUGAAGCGGAUUGGAAAUUUGCCGCUAUGGCUGUGGAUCGUGCAUGUCUUAUAAUGUUUACUCUGUUUAUAAUAUUAUCUACACUUGCAAUAUUCCUCUCCGCACCUCAUAUUAUUGCUUAA